UUUUUUUUUUAAACUUUUGUGCAUGAUGGUCACCACACGGUAGGGCAGUCGUCUUGUCAACCGGAAUAUGAAGCACCCAAACAGUGCUGACAAUUCAUUGAAUGACGAAGACAUUGAGGGUGUCAAGGGCUUAAAACGAAUGCGCUUGGGAGAGAUGGAUCAACCUUACAGCGCUUUACUACAGUCCUUCAAGGAAAGCAUCUUUGCAAGACUUGAAACAUUGGAAGGUCGCUUGGAUGCUUUAACCGAUCAGUGCCAAACACUAGAAGACAAAAUAGAAGUGCUUUCAACUGCUGUAAAAGAGCAUGUGUCAGCAGCCUCCUCUGGUCUUGGCAGGUACGUCCGUUUAUCCAGCUCGGGAGGUUCUUCUGCUAUUGUCUCCUUGGAUGAAGAACCGGUAGCAGCUUUUGCUGCAGGGUCGAGUGUGACCCUCAUAACUCUCAACACAGAAGCGGAUUAUCCACAUGGUUCGUGGCUUGGGGAUGAGAACAAUCCAGAGAUGAGAGUGCGCUGCCCUAUCAAUCCAACCACAUUGUUCCACAUCAACAAUACCUGCAGUACACCUGAGAAGAUGGCCCUGACCUUGCUUGACCACCUCUUUGACAGAGAGACACAGGCUCGCUCCAACAUUUCAGGCUCAGGCAAACACAAAAAGCAGCAGUUGGACCCAUUGAUGAUCUAUGGAAUUCGAUGUCAUCUAACACAUUUGUUUGAGGUGACCAAUGCCGACUGGGACAGAAUCAAGCUGAAUAUAGACUCAAAAUGCCGUACAGCAUUUCGGCGCAAGAAACGGGGACUGCCUUUGAAUCCAAAGGUAUCCAGUUCAACUGCAACAGGUUCAUCGGUCCAGAAAGCAGGGGCUGUCCACAAUGAGCCAGAAGUGUCGGAUGACAGCAUGAACAGCAUCGAGCUAGUUCCACAAGCCUCGGAGUUUUGCACUUUCUCUCUGCGAACAAUUGAGGAUGGAAACAAUGAGGAAGCUGAGCUAGCAGCAGCUGCUGCAGUGUCUGAGGGGCAGGUAUUCUGCACACAGCAUGGUGACUUCCAAGUUGUUCACGCCACUGCUGAGCAACUUGCCCAGAUCCAGCAAACCCACCAGAUUCAAAUUUUAAAUGGAAACCAUAUUCUGGCAGCAGCUGUAGAUAGGGCCUCUGAUGAUAAUCCAACUGUUACCAUAAUACCUUAAAUCAGCUGUAAACAUUGCAUGGAACGCUAAUAAACUUGUUAUUUAUUAGU